UACCAUGAGAGUCCUCGGAGUAGCGAUCUUUUUGGCGGCCCUCUGCGCCCUCAGUGCUGCCGAGCAGAGCUCGAGUGGCAAGAACAAGAAGGAGAGUGGCUUCUCCAAGAUCGUGCCCCGUCUGCUGUGGAACCUGAAGCGCGGCGACAACCAGGAGAGCCACCGCAACAGCCAGCAGCCCAUCAUCAUAGUGCAGCAGCCGAGCUCCAACCCUGACCGCGACGCGGACCGACACCACCACCACCACAACCCGUACAACCCCUACUACCCCUACUACCCACCGCCCCCACCGCCCAGCCGCCCGCCCCCGCCGUUCCCCGGAAUGGAGUACAUGAACAGCGCCGGCGGGGGACCCACCUACCUGAUCAUCAACCCCAACAACAUGCAGGGCAUCUACCUGCCCAGCUCGAACAGCUCCAACUCGACCAGCUCCCGGCGCAGCGCCUUCGUGCCCUCGAUCACCGACCUGCUGCAGGGACUCAGCCUGGAGGACCUGGCCGAGGGCAGCCUCUUCGACUCUGACGACUCCGAGGUGGUCAGUGCCGCGGAGGAUCCGGCCGAGGAGGUGCCCGUGGCCGUGGCCGAGGGGUCCGACGAGCGCGAGGAGGACGUGAUCAGCGAGGAGGAGGCCGAGGCCCUGGAGCGGCAGACCCGGCGGGGCCUCAGCCCCAAGCACCUGGUCUCGAUCCUCAUGCAGGACAAGCGGCGGCGGCGCAUCCAGGAGGUGCUGGCCGGCAUCUACCUGAGGAACUACAACCUGGACAGAAAGUAG